AUGGCGCGCAACUGGCUGUUAGUGGUGGUGGCAUUGGAGCGCCUCCUCUUUUUCCUCCGCCCAAUCGACUUUGUACAGUUGUGGACGCCAGCCAUGGUCACAGCAGCAGUGGCGGUGGUGAUGGUGUCAGUACUGCUGUCUCAUGGCUACCGUCAGCGCUUGAUCUAUAUGCUUCGACUGCAGCGCUUUCGAUGGUUUCGGGCACACGGUGACGGCGGUGUGGAAAGGAUGCAAGACACAACUGGAGGUGUUGGUAAUACCGAAAGAGGUGAAAGACGCGAUCGAAAUGAUAGGAGUGGUGAUGAUGCUGAACAAUAA